GAGCCCGGCAAGGUGGGAGGAGGCUGCGUUUCCGGCCUCCGUCGCUGUCCAGGGAGGCUGAGGCGAGAGGGAGCUGUCCGGGUGGGGAAGCCGCACUGGUUUCAUCCUCUUCCUCCUUCUCGGGGUGAGGGGAGCGAAGGUUGGGGGCCCCGAGCCCAUGGACCGGAAGGAGGCGGAGGCCGCCGAGAGCCGGGGCCCCGCUAUGUGGCCGUGAGCCCCGUGUACUGAUUCUGCUCAUCUGGAAGGCCAUGGAGAAGAGGCUGGGAGUGAUGCCAGUUCCUGCUUCCUGGAUUUUAUCAGGAUAUUGUUGGCAGUCAACCGUGAAGUGGUUGAGAAGCUUGUACCUGUGUUAUGCUUGCUUCUGUUUCAGCGCUCUGUGGUUGUCAACAGAUGCCAGUGAGAGCCAGUGCCAGCAAAGGAAGACACAGUUUGGAGCUGGCCUGAGACCUGGGGGAGAAAAUCCCCUCCGGCUUCUUGAGGGAUCCCUCUCUUUCCAGUCGUGUUGGGCUGCCUGCUGCCAGGACUCUGCCUGCCAUGCCUUUUGGUGGCUGGAAGGGAUGUGUAUUCAGGCAGACUGCAGCAAGUCACGGAGCUGCCAGGCUUUUAGGACAGACUCUUCCAAUUCUGUGCUGGUGUUUUUAAAAAAAUUCCAAACUGAAGAUGAUUUGGGUUUUCCACCUGAAGAUGAUGUACCACAUCUUCUGGGACUGGGAUGGAGCAGAGCAUCUUGGAGGAGACAGGGGCCACCCAGAGCUCCACUCAGACUUGCUGUAUCUUCCAAUGACCAGCGGAACUUAAUCAGGAAGCUUCAGAAGAGAGAGAAUCCCAGUGAAGUUAUUCCUUUAAUGACACAGCAUUCUAAAGUGAAUGAUUCAAAGGAGCUACCUGAUCUAACUGCCAGUGGUUCUACAGAGGUCCACAAGGCAGUUACAGUUUCCAGUCCCUCAACCACAGUCCUGACUGCAGAGAUUCCUGAUGGGCCAAAGAACCUAUCCGUUCAACCUGAAAUACCAGCAGAUCCUGGAACUACAGCCAGUACUCCGCAAGUGAAAAGCCCUGGGACAAUGCAGGUUGCUACCCCUCUGCCAGUAGCUCCCUCUUACAGUUAUGCUACCCUCACCCCCAAGGCCUCUUUCCAGAGCACCUCAGCACCGUACCCAGUUAUAAAGGAACUGGUGGUAUCUGCUGGAGAGAGUGUCCAGAUAACCCUGCCCAAGAAUGAAGUUCAGUUAAAUGCGUACGUUCUCCAAGAACCACUUGAUGGAGAAACCUACACCUACGACUGGCAGCUGAUUACUCAUCCUAAAGACUACAGUGGAGAAAUGGAAGGGAAAUAUUCCAAGGUCCUCAAACUAUCCAAGCUCACUCCCGGCCUGUAUGAAUUUAAAGUGAUUGUAGAUGGUCAAAAUGCCCACGGGGAAGGCUAUGUGAAUGUGACUGUAGAGCCAGAACCCCGUAAGAAUCAGCCUCCUGUUGCUAUUGUGUCACCUCAGUUUCAGGAGAUCUCUCUGCCAACCACGUCUACGGUCAUAGAUGGCAGCCAAAGCACUGAUGAUGAUAAAAUCGUCCAGUACCACUGGGAGGAACUAAAAGGGCCUCUGAGAGAAGAGAAGAUUUCUGAAGAUACAGCCAUAUUAAAACUAAGUAAGCUCGUCCCUGGGAACUACACUUUCAGCUUGACUGUGGUAGACUCUGAUGGAGCUACCAAUUCUACCACUGCCAACCUGACAGUGAACAAAGCUGUGGAUUACCCUCCUGUGGCCAAUGCAGGCCCUAACCAAGUCAUCACCCUACCCCAAAACUCCAUCACCCUCUUUGGGAACCAGAGUACCGAUGAUCAUGGCAUCAGCAGUUAUGAGUGGUCACUCAGCCCAAAUAGCAAAGGGAAAGUGGUGGAGAUGCAGGGUGUUAGAACACCGAUCCUGCAGCUCUCUGCAAUGCAAGAAGGAGACUACACCUACCAACUCAUGGUGACAGACACCAUAGGACAGCAGGCCACUGCUCAAGUGACUGUUAUUGUGCAGCCUGAGAACAACAAGCCUCCUCAAGCAGAUGCCGGCCCAGACAAAGAGCUGACCCUGCCCGUGGACAGCACAACCCUGGAUGGCAGCAAGAGCUCAGAUGACCAGAGAAUUGCUUCAUACCUCUGGGAGAAAACACAGGGACCUGAUGGAGUGCAGCUUGAGAACGCCAACAGCAGUGUCGCCACGGUGACCGGGCUGCAAGUGGGGACCUACGUUUUCACCUUGACUGUCAAAGAUGAGAGGAAUCUGCAGAGCCAGAGCUCUGUGAAUGUCAUUGUCAGAGAAGAAAUGAACAAACCACCUACAGCCAGGAUAACUGGGAAUGUGGUGAUUACCCUGCCCAUAAACACAGCAGAGCUGGAUGGCUCCAAGUCCUCAGAUGACAAGGGAAUCGUCAGUUACCACUGGACUCGAGAUGAGGGGAGCCCAGCAGCAGGGGAGGUGUUAAACCACUCUGACCAUCACCCUGUCCUCUUUCUUUCCAACCUGGUUGAGGGAACCUACACAUUUCACCUGAAAGUGACUGACGCAAAGGGUGAGAGUGACACAGACCGGACCACUGUGGAGGUGAAACCUGAUCCCAGGAAAAACAACCUGGUGGAGAUCAUCUUGGAUGUCAACGUCAGUCAGCUAACUGAGAGGCUGAAGGGGAUGUUCAUCCGCCAGAUUGGGGUCCUCCUGGGGGUGCUGGAUUCCGACAUCAUUGUGCAAAAGAUUCAGCCGUACACGGAGCAGAGCACCAAGAUGGUGUUUUUUGUUCAGAACGAGCCUGCCCACCAGAUCUUCAAAGGCCAUCAGGUGGCAGCGAUGCUCAAGAGCGAGCUGCGGAAGCAGAAGGCCGACUUCCUGAUAUUCGGAGCCCUGGAGAUCAGCACCGUCACGUGUCAGCUCAACUGUUCAGACCAUGGCCACUGCGACUCGUUCACCAAGCGCUGUAUCUGUGACCCGUUUUGGAUGGAGAAUUUCAUCAAGGUGCAGCUGAGAGAUGGAGACAGCAACUGUGAGUGGAGCGUGCUGUAUGUUAUCAUCGCCACCUUUGUCAUCAUCGUUGCCUUGGGAAUCCUGUCUUGGACCAUGAUCUGCUGCUGCAAGAGGCAAAAAGGAAAACCCAAGAGGAAAAGCAGGUACAAGAUCCUGGAUGCCACUGAUCAGGAGAGCCUGGAGCUGAAGCCGACCUCCCGAGCAGGCAUCAAACAGAAAGGCCCAGUGCUGAGCAGCAGCCUGAUGCACUCCGAGUCCGAGCUGGACAGCGAUGACGCCAUCUUCACGUGGCCAGACCGAGAGAAGGGCAAGCUCCUGCAUGGCCAGAAUGGCUCUGUGCCCAACGGACAGACCCCGCUGAAGACCAGGAGUCCUCGAGAGGAGGUCUUGUAGCCACCUGGUCUGUGUCCUCAGGGUAGGCAUUGGCAGCGCCAGGGCCCAGCGCCUGCUGGCCACUCCACCCCAACCCCCACCGGAAUUGCUGGUACUUGAACCCACACGCUCUCCAGGAACCCUGAACGAAGCUGUGAAGGAGAGCUUGUCUCUAAACCUGCCCCGUAGGCCCCGACACCCCAACACGUCCACACCUCAGGGCCUCCCGUUUUGUGGCAGAACUGCCCCUGCCCGAAGGCAGACAUUGCCAGCCGGGGCUGCUCCCAGGGCACCGCACACGCCCGGGCACCGGACCGAGCAGAGCCCCGGCCCUGCCCCCUGGCACGGAGCACGCCCUGUCACUGGUGGGGAGCAGGUGCACCCCCUGUGCUCAGCACUGCUGCUGGCGCCCUGCAGACCCAGCUCCUGUCUGGCUGGGGUGGGGGAGACUGGCUCAGGGGAGAGGGAUCCUGGCUGCGGGGCCUGGCGGGGGGCCACCCGCUCUCCUCUGGCCAGCACUUGCUGCUGCAGGACUGAACCCCUGCUCCCGGCCUGAGACUACAGGAGACCCACGGCGGCGACACGGGGGGCAUAUGUGUGACUGCCCGCCGUGGCCCUGUGCCACUGGCUAUCUGCUCCCCGGGCCUUCGCAUGUGGGCAUCAGCUCCUCGCAGGGCUCUCGGCUGCACACUGGGCAACCUCGACUUGGAGACUGAGCCCCCAGAUCAGAGCCCCUUGGCUCCUCCACUGAGGUGUCUGCGUGUUGAGCACUGGGAGCUUGGGGGAGUGACUUUCUAAAGAGAAACAAUUUCUACUACUGCACUACUGUUGUCGUGAGAUGAUUAAACAGCUAUUGAAUUGUG